UUGUGAAGCACUUUGGAUGGACCUGGGUUGGGGCUAUAAGAACUGAUAAUGACUAUGGUCACAAUGGAAUGGCUACAUUUGUGGAAGCUGCACAGCAACAGGGGAUUUGUAUUGAGUAUUCAGAAGUGAUUCACCAAACGUAUCACAGAGAGAAAAUUCUGAAGCUACUUGAGCAUCUUCAGAAAGUCCAUUUCACUACUAAAACUGGAGAGCAGGUCUCAUUCGAUGACAAUGGAGACCCCCCUGCGAGAUAUGAAUUAGUGAACUGGCAGGUUGUUAAUGGGAGCACCGUACAGUUCAUGACUGUCGGUUACUAUGAUGCUUCACUGCCAGCAGGACAUCAGUUCGUCAUGAACCAGGUCAAUAUUGUUUGGGCAGGGGGUCAACUUAAGAAGCCUGAGUCAGUGUGCAGUGAGAGCUGUCUCCCAGGCACUCGAAAGGCAGUUCAGAGAGGAAGGCCUGUGUGUUGCUAUGACUGCAUACGCUGUGCUGAUGGAGAGAUCAGCAACACUACAGAUUCUGCUGAUUGUGUUCAGUGUCCUUUGGAACAUUGGUCUAAUGAAAACAAAGAUGAAUGUAUAUUAAAAUCACUUGAAUUUCUGUCUUUUGACGAAAUCAUGGGAAUUCUGUUAGCAAUUCUUUCAUUGCUUGGAAGCUGUUUAACCAUAGCCAUGGCACUGGUCUUCAUCAAGUUCAAAGAUACUCCCAUUGUAAAAGCCAAUAACUCUGAACUUAGUUUCCUUCUGCUCUUUUCAUUGACACUGUGUUUCCUCUGUUCACUUACUUUCAUUGGCCAGCCCUCUGACUGGUCUUGUAUGUUGCGCCACACAGCAUUUGGGAUCACAUUUGUCCUGUGCAUCUCUUGUGUUCUGGGGAAAACAAUAGUGGUGUUAAUGGCCUUUAGGGCUACACUGCCAGGCAGUAACAUUAUGAAAUGGUUUGGCCCCACUCAGCAGCGGUUAAGUGUUCUUGCUUUCACACUUGUGCAGGUCUUGAUUUGCGCUUUUUGGUUGGCAAUAUCACCUCCUUUUCCUAACAAGAACAUGAAACACUACAGAGAAAAAAUCAUUCUGGAGUGUGACCUGGGAUCUGCAGGUGCAUUCUGGGCUGUUUUAGGAUAUAUAGGAUUCCUCUCUGCCUUGUGCUUUGUACUCGCUUUCCUGGCUCGGAAGCUGCCUGAUAAUUUCAAUGAAGCCAAAUUCAUUACAUUCAGCAUGCUCAUAUUCUGUGCAGUCUGGAUCACCUUUAUCCCAGCAUAUGUCAGUUCCCCUGGGAAGUUCACCGUAGCUGUGGAAAUAUUUGCUAUCUUGGCUUCUAGUUUUGGUUUACUCUUCUCUAUAUUUACCCCCAAAUGUUAUAUAAUUUUACUAAAGCCUGAAUUAAAUACAAAAAAACACAUGAUGGGUAAAAUGACUUUGAAGGCACUUUGAGAGAAAUACAAAAUGGAUCUACAUAAGACCUAAAUACUUGUAUGGCUAAACUUUCCUAAAUUGCUCUUUAUUCAUGAAUACAUAUACUGUAUAUGUAUAUGAAUGUAUAUGAAUACAUAUAUACUAAAAAAAGAUCGAGAAAAUCAGUACUUUAAGUCUCAUGUUGAUGGUUUGCAUUUACAAUUGGACCUGCUUAGAAUUUAAAAUACUCUAAUGUAAGCAGUCACACUUGCCGAGAUGUUGGUAAGCAUAAGUAAAAUAACAUUUAGUUAACAUGUUUAAGUAAAUCUGCAGUGCCUAGUUUUAAACAGGAGCUCUAAAUGACAUACAAGUCUCUAAAAUAGAUAUUUAUCAGAAAAAUGUUCAGAAGAACAGUUUUAUACUUGACACGGCCUUUUAUUUUCUCUUUGCAUAUACUGUAUACCUCUUGUGUACACUAGUUUGUGUUCUGUUGUUGAUUCUGAAGGCCUUUCAAUGACUUCAGGUCCUUAAAUUAUGUCUCCUCAUAGUCUCCCCAUCCAAUCAUGUAAAAUUCAGUUCUUUUCCCCUGUGUUAGACAUUCUGUUAAUCAUGGUAAUUUAUUUGAUGACUCUUCUCUUUUCACUUUUGCUUCGCUUUUUUAUCGCUUCCUUGCAGUGUCUAGAAGAUGGAAAUUCACCUAACUACAUGUCUUUUUAUGAGAACAUUAUUGCUCAGUAUUUCUCAUUUUAUAUUUAUACAGUAUGUUUUCACUGCCUGCAUGUAGAAGUCUGCACUAGUCUAUAAUAAAUUCCGUCUGUAAAAUGUUUGUCCAGUCUUAGAUUUCCUUUGCAGCUUCUGCGAUAAUUACUUAUAAUUAUUUUUUGGUAUAGUCUGUGAACUUGAUGAGCUUACUAAGUAUUUAGAAUCUGGGUCAUUCAUAUUCAUAUAUUCAUAUUACUACAUUAUUACCCAGCAGGACCUAUCAUACAAAUCCCUGUAGGUUAUUUUAAGAGUGAUUUUAAAGACAGAAAAUGUAAAGUCUGGAGGGAAGAUUUUAUUCUAAGAAUGUUAUUGGCUUAGGAGACCCUACUGUAUGUACAGCACUUAUUUACAGAACCAUACACAGAUAAUAAGUAUACGACACAAUAAUAAUCAUAAAAUGGAGUCUGUAAACAUACAGAUGCAGCCAUUCAA